AUGGAGGGGGCACAGUCUGGUGACGUUUUAUCUUACGAACCAACGUUACAAAAUGUUAUUGAUCAGACCAGUUUAAAAUGGAUAUUCGUUGGAGGCAAAGGUGGUGUAGGAAAAACAACAUCGAGUUGUUGUCUGGCUGUACAGCUGGCAAAAGUGAGAGAGUCUGUCCUGAUAAUUUCAACUGAUCCAGCACACAACAUAUCAGAUGCUUUCAGCCAGAAGUUCUCCAAAGUGCCAUCAUUAGUCAAGGGCUUCAACAAUUUAUAUGCAAUGGAAAUUGAUCCCAACCUAGGAUUUUCUGAGCUGCCUGAUGAAUACUAUGAGCAAGCUGAUAUGAUGUCCAUGGGUCGAGGCAUGGUUCAGGAGCUUCUGGGAGCUUUUCCUGGCAUAGAUGAAGCAAUGAGUUUUGCUGAAGUGAUGAGGCUGGUGAAGAACAUGAAUUUUUCAGUCGUUGUUUUUGACACAGCUCCAACUGGCCACACCCUCCGCCUGCUGUCUUUUCCAUCUGUAGUGGAGAAGGGGUUGGGCAAGCUCAUGAGGUUGAAGAAUCAGAUAAGCCCCUUUAUCAGCCAGAUGGCAGGUUUAAUUGGCAUGCAAGAUUUGAAUGCAGACCAGAUGUCCAACAAGUUUGAGGAGAUGCUGGCUACUAUCCGACAAGUCAACUCACAGUUUAAAAAUGCGGACCAGACCACAUUCAUCUGCGUGUGUAUAGCAGAGUUCCUGUCUCUGUAUGAGACAGAGCGUCUUGUGCAGGAGCUGGCUCAGUUUGGCAUUGAUACCCACAAUAUUAUUGUCAACCAGCUGAAUUUGGUGCGGAAGGGGGAGAAACCAUGCAGCUUGUGUGAAGCCAGGCAAAAAAUUCAGGCUAAAUAUCUUGACCAGAUUACUGACUUAUAUGAGGAUUUUCAUAUCACAAAGCUGCCCUUAUUGCCAGAGGAGGUCCGAGGUGUUGAUAGUAUCAAAGCGUUCUCUGAGUAUUUGUUGAAGCCAUAUCAACCGUGA